UAGCAGACGACAUGUUUGUACACAAGAAAUAAGGUGUCAUACAAUUUGAAAAGGUUUUAGAAACUUUUAGUCAUAUCUAAAAUAAGACACUAUUAUGGUUUUAACAUAGCCAAAAGCUAUUGAGCUCUCUUUUUAUUUUGUUCAUAAAUGCCAAAAUAAUAAAUAAUAUCACUAUGGAGUUGAAUAACGUGGGAAGCAACAAAAGCUCAAUAUAUAUGGCAAUAUCGUUUAAAAAAUUAUGUUUGGCAACAGUGUCGUUACCACUUGCUACUCUGUUAGUCUGUUUUAUUACAGGAUAUAUCUUCCAACAAGAUGACAUUCAUGAGACACAUUGUAGGGUCUACAAUGUACUUCCAUCAAUCUCAGCCAUUACUGGUAUUUCUCCUCAAAGAUAUUUGUGGCGUAUAAGUAUAGCAUUACACAUUGGUCCUCGCCUAAUAAUUGCCAGUGUUUACCACUCGUAUUAUUAUAAUAUACUCAAAGAAAUUGAGGAUAUACCUUUAAGAAUUAAAGGAAGUAGACUUUUAAAUUUAUGUUACUGGCUGAAUAUUGGAGAAGUAGCAGCCUUAUGUGGUGUUACAUAUAUUUCCAACAGAGAAAAUUAUUCGGUGCAUGAAAAAAUCUUCAUUGCCUUUAUGAUUAGUUCUCUAACAUAUAUGCUAACAGCAGUGAGGCUGGGUCGUCUUAUAACACCAAAUGCACCAAGUCUUCAAUACAAACAGGCACUUUUUGUAACAAGUCUUAUUAGUACUAUUGGACUUAUUGUGUUUUUCUUAAAACACAGAUUACUCUGCCAUGAUCUGGCAUUUAGUUGGUUUUCCUUAUGUGAAUAUGUGAUUGCCUCCGCAAACAUGGGUUUUCAUGUUACCGUAAUUCUAGACUUUCCCAAGGAGCAGCUGAUUGUUGGGAAUGAUUUACCUGCUUUAAAGGUGGAUUAACUCUGCAUAAUGUUUUAUAUUUAUGAUUAUCCGAUUAUUGUCAUCAAAGUGCCUACUGCCACUGUCUGGAAGUGCUAUUGCCAACAAUUAAGAGUACAUACAUAAUAUUAUACAAAGCUGAGUAUCCACUGGUAAAAACUGGUGAACAUUUUUUAGCAAAACAUCUUCAUAGGCGGAAAAGAAUAAGCGAUGGUAAUUUCAGAAUUACUGUGAGUUCAGAAAUUUAAUUU